AUUGUAUAUUCUGCCCCUCCAUUUCGUUCAUUUCCUUGAUUCCGAUUCAACCAUCUCUCCAGUCUUGAAGUUAAAAUACCUAUCUCCUAACUUUACCACUUCAAACUUGAUACUUGCAGCUAGUAGUAAUCUAUUGUCGGCGACAUAAGAUAAGGUACCUAUUAGUCAGUCAUAAGAAAAGAUUUUAAAAAGGCGUUCUCAUACGAAAUACCAGGUACCUACCUAAAAAUAAUAGUCUACGACUUUCAACCAAAUUUCAGCACCUGAAAAAUGGAUGACUUAUUUGAUGAUAUUCUUAACCUGGAAGAGCAAUACUACAAACAAGGCUACGACGAGGGCUAUAGAGAUGGCGCCGAAGCCGGCCGGGUCGAGGGCCGCUCCGUCGGGAUGAAGACAGGGUUUGAGAAGUUCCUCGAGGCCGGCCGGCUGCAAGGGAGAGCCAUAGUCUGGCAAAGCCGGUUACCCAAUCGACAGAAAUCAUCUUCAUCCACCGCCACCGCCAGCAUCAACAUCAACAACAAUUCACAGCAAAAGGAAGAGACCGCACAGGAAGGACAACAAUCAGCUACUACUUCUCAAGAUGAGAAAGAGAAAGAAGACUCGGAACAGAGAAGACUGCCACCGCUUAGUAGUAACCCGCGGCUGGAAAAGAAUAUCACCAUGCUGUACGGCAUACUGGAGCCCGGGACGCUGUCGACUCAAAACGACGACGAGUCGGUCAACGACUUCGAUAGCAGGUUGAAGGGCGCGCAAUCCCGGGUCAAGAUGAUCGAGAGGGCCAUCGGCGAAGGCGCUGGUGACAAGGGCUCGGCGAAUAGAAACCGCCAGCCGGGCCAGAAAAACGAGAACAUCGAGGAUAUCGGGAGGAUACCCCAAAGGACAGAUGCGGUAAUGGGAACGGUAUAAUUCGCUUUAAUUCGGCAACUAGAAAAAAAGGGGGGAGGGAGAUGUGUAACGAUGUCGUGAUAAAUGAUACCUACCUAGAAUGAGGCACACGCCAACGAAGCAAUUAUAAUAUAAAGCCAGGCCAUAUAAACUCGACUAAUCUACAAUCUUCAUCUCGAAAUCAUCAUCACCGCUGAAGAAUCUGCUAGGUACCUGUAACUGCAAAGAGAACCUGAUAUUAAGAGCUGGCUUUUCUCAUAUUUAUUUACAACCAGAGCCAUCGUAUAUGGCAUGACAUGUCUAAGUCUAUUUGAAACUUCGGCAAGGGUAUCUGCGUUGCACAUUAGCAUCUUCCUUUCUCUCUCUCUCUCUCUCUCUAUAUAUAUAUUCCAU